AUGCCCCAGCAGACUAGACAUGAGGCUCAAAAACUCCUCCUCCUCCUCAUCCUCUUCCACCUCAUCUUCCCUUCCUCUUCCUUCGCUUCCUCCUGCUCCUCUUUCUCUUCCUCCUCCACCUCCCUCUCCUUCUCCCCUCCUCCUCUAGUUCCUUUCAUUGGCUCUGUCCCGGGCUGCCUCGAGGAUCUCCUAAGAUAUAGUUUGACAAAUGUCACCCAUGGGGGCGCUCUCCACAGGUUGUGUAUUGCGUGUGCCCCGACGCCAGUUUGCCCGUGCGAUGAAGAGUGCCCGUUUUCAAACGGCUGUUGUUACGACUACGCCGAGUUUUGCGAGACAGCCGAAGAUGACAACUUUGAAGAACACCCAAGUGUCGAGACACUUGAUGAAAAUCUGAAGAGUGAGCAGUUCAGCUGUUAUGGGGUCAAAGGUGAAAGACAUGGAUACCUCCUCGUCGAUACCUGCAGCAAAGACUACAACGAUACCUACGCCUCGGGAAAGUGCCGUAGUGAGGAGAAUGGUUCCUUCCACUCAAUCUCCCACGUGACUGUUUCGAGUUUGGCAAGUGGUGUUUCGUACAGAAACAUCUACUGCGCGGUGUGUAACAACGAGACGGUGAAAGAUCUCCGGGCGUGGCCAGUGCAAAUGAUGUGCAACACGGAAGAGGCUUAUGAAGCUUCUCUGGUGAAGCUUCGUAACUCGAACAGAGACGUUGCGGGCCGUGCUCUGAAGGACCUGAACUGUAGUGUAGAUGUCCGGCUACCAGUUGCUACCGAGGGAGUUGAUUGGAGGACGCCGGUGCGUCGUGUAAGCGCACGACGCUCUGUGACUCGUUGUCACACGGGAUAUUCUAUUGUGACACAACUAAGCAAAACGCAGAGUUCCAUCCCUCCCAUCUCAAUCCUCUUGGAUUUCGGAUCUAGCAGCCACGUGAGGAUAGUCCGGGAGGAAACAGUCGUCGCCGAGGAGCAAGUGGCCUGCCCGGCAGGUCAUGUUUUUGACCCCUUCGCGUCGAGAUGCCGACGGCUGUUUUGUGAGGAUGGAUACGUCUUGACCGACGGUCGUUGCGUUUUCGUGCCGAUACAGGGAAGUGUCGGGGAACUGGACGUAAAGAUACAUGUUACCCGCACUAUAUAUGAAAAUAAUACAGGACCUGACUGUUCACAACGCCAAGACGAAACCAGCUUCUGCCUUGCAAGUUUCUUCGGAAUAGAUCUCAAUGACGUCACGCUACACACGACGAAACAUCCAGAAACCGGUAUGAAGACUGGUGUGUGUUCGUAUAUUUUCCUCUUAGACUCCAGCGAAAAAAGCUUUCAGACACUAUGGACCCACUUGCUCUCGUCUUGGAGUCCAACUGAAAACUUUGGUAAGUGUCGCAACUCGGGAGUUUGGUUCACUGAGAUUGAGAGAAAGGCAAACGACACCGAUACUCCAUGUAAAACAAGUCUGCUAAAUGCUACCGACUAUUCGAUACAGCGAAACAAUUCCACCGGUAUUGUCAACACGUACUCAUCUGAGCAGGUGGCAAUACAUGCGACCUUUAACACCGAAGGGAUGAACUUCAGCAGAGUGGUAGAACUUGAAAUCUGCUAUGAAGUAACAUUCACCUGCCCCCUCAUUUAUCUAAACAGGAGUUUGUUCCGAGAGGCAGAUGGGGCUAGCGGGUCGGUGGUGUACAUUCCGACCGGACGGGUGUUCACGGAGCUGGAGUACCAAGACACGGGAGACGGCAGGUUGGAGCUCUGCUCGUUCCUGGAGAGUAACGGGACUCGCAACGGAACCAUCACCACCAGAUUCUUCGGGUACUCCGAUACGCAAGCCAUGUUGAGCUUGGUAGGUAACGUGGUGUCGAUGGUUGCUGGAGGAGCGACCUUCUUGACGUACUUUGUCUUUGAUGUCCUGCGCAACCACGCCACAUGUUGCAUCAUGAACCUAGUGGCGUCCUUAUUCAUGGCACAGCUCUUGCUUCUCUUGACGGGGUCAGCCAUUGCCAACCCAGCUGGCUGCACUAUGGUGGCAGCUCUGAGUCACUACUUCUGGCUGGUCAAUGUUUUCUGGACCGGCAUCCUGGCUUACGAUCUGAACAGGACCUUCGCCGGUAAAUCAUGCAUCGUUGGCCGGGGCUGUGACCGCGGUCACUACCGCCCAAGGCUUCGCUCCUACGCGCUGCUGACCUGGGGAGGGGGUCUCCUAAUCGUAGUCCCAUGCCUGGUGAUCUAUCUAUGCGAUUGCACGGAGCUUCCAAUAUGGUACGGAAACAGUGAGGUUUGCUGGAUCGGCAACGGCCAGUCCAUCUUAGUGGUGUUCGCCGCCCCCUUGGCUUGCAUCUUACUGACAAACAUUUUCCUCUUCAUGAGGACUGUGUGGAGUAUUCGAAAAACGAACAAGGAGACGCAGCACAACGUUCAGAAAAACGUGACCAAAGUGAGAAGGGCGAGGGAGGAACUUAUCAUAUAUGUUAAGAUAUCCACACUGAUGGGUUUCACGUGGAUCUUCGGCUUUGCUGCCGCCAUGAGCGACCUUGGAGGCCUUUGGUAUGUCUUCAUCAUCCUGAACACCCUCCAGGGCCUGCUGAUAUUCCUUUCCUUCACCUGUAAGCAGAGGGUCCGGAUCUUGUGGAUGGAGGCCUUCUGUGGGGAAUCCUCUCGAAAGAGGAGCUACAGCCUCGGCGUAGCUUCGUCCAGUGCCUCAGCGACGCGCAUUACCAGGGUGUAAAGGGCUCAGUCCUCCCGCAAGUGUUGCAGAGAGACGAUAUAGAGUUGACGGCUUAGUUCAAACUACGUGUAGUAAUAAUUAUGAUAAUGUAUACUUAUGUAGCGCUUUUAACUAAGAACAAAGUGCUUUACGUUAUUAUUACCCCUGGUCAUCGGGCCAAGAAACAUUCCAAAGACUAUCUCAGCUCGCUUGGGAGUAUACAGAUCGAUGCUGCAAUUUCGGCACAAAGCAGCUAAAAUUAUCAUUCGCAAUACCCAUCUCUGCACUCACAGGUACCCAUUUACUCUUGGGUCCGGAGAACUAAUGAAAGACAAAGUGUCUUGCCUAAGAACACACGCACCACAACAGCAAGUACCCGCAAUUAGUCUAUGGGGUCAGUGCUCCGGACCACGAGGCCACGGCGCUCCACACAUUUGCUACAAACUUUAGUCAUUCCUUUCAUCAUGAGAAAAAAAGUUGGAUUUUUAACCUGUAAAUGGCACCAUGCAGUGUUUACUGCAGGAUCAAUUCAUCAUUACAUCAUUAAUUCUGGUUGCAUCACUGAUGACGCUUUUAAUUAUUUUGUUUUCCUUUUUUUUUUAGAUCUGUGCGUCGGUAUGAAAAUUCUCUUAAAUAUUGAAAUAUUCUUAUUUCUCUGCUCUUCUUUUCUACAAUCUGAAAUUACUUUAACCUUUGCCUGACAUUCUGGUCUUGUGUUAUAUCCAUCAAAAUCCUUUACCUUAAAGGGGCAG